GAUGUAAUUAUUGCAGUUGUUAAAGAUGCUUUACCUAAUAUGCCUGUUAAACGCUCUGAUAUUGUACGAGCUGUUAUUGUUCGUACACGUAAAGGGAUUCGUCGUGAAAAUGGAAUGAGCAUACGUUUUGAUGAUAAUGCUGCCGUUAUUAUUAAUAAAGAAGGAAAUCCACGUGGUACACGUGUUUUUGGUCCUAUUGCACGCGAACUACGUGAUAAGAAUUUUACAAAAAUAGUGUCUCUAGCACCUGAAGUUUUAUAA